GUGGUGAGGAUGCUCUCCAGUCGCUGCAGCUCUCUGCUCUUCACCACGGUCUCCCACAGAGUUCAGAUCACACAGCGCAGUAUUAUUUCACUGACCUGCAUUCAUCUCGUCAUCAUACAGUACGACUAUGCUAAUUAAGGAGUGGUGCACCUGGAAAAUGCAUUUUCGGUAAAGCCCAUGUGAGGUUUAAUCCCUGCAUUCAUCAUUGAGCGUAAAGAAGGAACUCAGGCAGCAACAGUUGGAGGAAGGACGGCCGAGCUUCCCUCUCAUCAACUUCCAUCUGCCCAAAAGAUGUCAACCGCCACGGUAGACAGCGCAGGAAGUGGAACUAAACUCUACAAACACAAGCCCACGGCAGCAGCUCUGAAGGGAGCCAUCCAGCUGGGCAUCGGUUACGCUGUGGGAAACCUCAGCUCCAAACCAGACAGAGAUGUUCUCAUGCAGGACUUCUCCGUGGUGGAGAGCGCUUUUCUGCCCAGUGAGGGCAGCAACAUGACUCCAGCACAUCACUACCCAGAUUUCCGUCUGAAAACGUACGCACCACUGGCCUUUCGUUACUUCAGAGAGCUGUUCGGCAUCAAACCAGACGACUAUCUGUACUCCAUCUGCAACGAGCCUCUGAUCGAGCUGAGCAACCCCGGAGCCAGCAGCUCCUGGUUCUACCUCACCAGCGACGAUGAGUUCAUCAUUAAGACAGUGCAGCACAAAGAGGCAGAGUUCCUGCAGAAGCUGCUUCCUGGGUACUACAUGAAUCUGAAUCAGAACCCGAGGACGUUGCUGCCCAAGUUCUACGGUCUUUACUGCAUCCAGUGCGGCGGUGUCACCGUCCGAGUGGUGGUGAUGAACAACGUGCUGCCGCGCGCCAUUAAGAUGCACUACAAGUACGACCUGAAGGGGUCCUCGCACAAACGCAGAGCAUCACGCAAGGAGCGCGUCAAGUCCUCGCCCACGUUCAAAGACCUGGACUUCCAGGAGAUGCAUGAGGGCCUGCACUUUGACGCAGACACCUACAGCGCCCUGAUGAAGACCCUGCAGAGGGACUGUCGGGUCCUGGAGAGCUUUAAGAUCAUGGACUACAGUCUCCUGCUGGGGGUUCAUGUUUUGGACCGGAAGCUUCUGAGCAGAGGAAGUCGAUGUGACAGCAGGAAGGGACAGAAAGUCCUCUACUCCACCGCCCUGGAGUCCAUCCAGGGGAACACCAAGGCCUCCGAACCUGUGGCGGAUGACGACACAUUUGGUGGAAUUCCUGCCAAAAAUAAAGACGAGAACUGUCUCAUCUUUUUAGGAAUCAUCGACAUCCUUCAGUCCUACAGGUUCAUCAAGAAGGUGGAGCACUCCUGGAAAGCUCUUGUACAUGAUGGGGACACGGUGUCGGUUCACAGGCCCGGUUUCUACGCGGACAGAUUUCUGAAGUUCAUGGGCUCGACUGUAUUUAAAAAAAUUCACCCUUUGAGAGGAACAUCUUCAAAGAGGAAGAGGACUUCCAUGAAUGCAGCAAAGUCUGCCUCUCAGGAGUUUCUGUCCCCACACAGGGAGGAGAAGAAGGAGGAGAAGAAGGCCCAAAGUUUGGACAACCUGGAUGGAAACUUUUACAGUUCCUCCAAGCAGCCGGAUCUCCUUCCGAGAGUUUCUUUCAAGGCAAAUGAUGAAGAGGAAAUUGUUAACAGCAGUGAAGAGCGCCGAGCCUCCAGUUCGACCAUCGCUCUGGACGAUCCUCUGCCGUCUCUCAGCAGGAGUCAGUCGGACUCUGAACUGGACGUCUACUUGGGGGCCAAUGGUUUUCAGUCAUUUCAGUAAGUGAGGAUCAACCUGGACUUCUGAAUUUUGACCUCCCAGUCCUACGAUGUCACAUCAGGACCUCACAACAGUGUAAAUGUGUCACCAACUCUGUGCCUUUCCUUUUUCAGUCAAAGUUGAUGUGCCUAAUCGCUGGCUCUUUUGUAGGCAUCCCCUACUUUACAGAUACAGUCACUGAUCCACUGUGUCACUGCUAAACACUAUGAAGCUGUUUCUUCUCCUGUUAUUUGCACUCUGCUGCUAAUUUUACAACAGUGCUAACAAGAAAAUUGACUUUGACUUCUUCUUUUGGACGUCUGAAUUUCUGUGCAAAUCUUUGAAUAUUCUCAGCGGCUGGAUCCCUGAGGAAAUAGAUUGUCUUAAAAAUCAAAUGCAGGGAAAAUAAUGAUGUUAUUUUCAAAUUAUAUUAUUAUAAAGAGCCGUGUUGUCUGGAAUCUGAAAGAAAAAUUAAUCUAUUGAUACAUUCAAAUGUGUGUUAUAGUGUUUAUACCCUUAUAAACAUCAUGUAUAUGUGAUUUUAAAAUCCCAAUUUGCUUAGGCCAAUAUUAGCCUAUAUACUUAUUAAUAUAUUCUAUAUGUUGUGUGUAUUUUUUUCUUCAAAUAUGCAGAAUCUGCUGCCACGUUGACAAACAAGUAUUUGCUUAUUUUGUGGUUAGAACAAGAUGUUUUAAUUUAAUAUUUUAUUACUACCUUUACCUUUCCCUGUGUCUUUUAUUCUCUGGAGAAUGUUUUCAUCUCCACUGGGAUUUAUUCCAUCCUGGAAGUGAAUAAGUACUAUGUUAUUUGUUUUGUCAUCUUUUUGCUUUUAAAAGAGUGCUUUUAUGUGAUUUAUAGGACUACAACUGUAUUAUAGCAAUACUUCCAAAUUGUGUUUGUGAAAUAAAUCCAAUGUCCUAAAAAAGUC